ACUACCAGCGACUCAGCAACAUAUGCGUCUGACAAUGGCGACAGAAGAACAACGUGCUGCUGCGGAAAUUGUGAGAUCUUUGGCUCGACACUUAAACUGUUUGAAUGGAGACGAGAAAUUCACAAGAAAACGGGCACUGGAAGGUAUAAAAAAAGAAACAAUCGAGAAAGGCUUGUCAAAUACCGUGUUACAAGAAGUUUUUGCUAGUCUGCUCAAUUCGCUUCUGAGAUGCCUAUCAGAUCCCAUGGAAAGAUGCCGAGAACUUUCUAUUCAGACAAUAAGAGACUUUAUAAGAUGUGUUUCAAACCCAGAGUCAUCACUGCCUUACAUAAUGCCUUGUUUGGUUCAGCGACUCGGUGGAAAUGAGAUAGUAGAACCAGCGGAAGAGUUGCGGCUGUCUAUGGUGGAAGUUCUGUCGCUUAUCGUAGAGGUCUGUGAGAGGCACCUUGCUCCGUACCUGGACGAUAUGAUAAAAAUACUGCAAAAAACUAUAACUGACCCUUUCCCCGAAGUUAUAAAGGAGAGUUGCAAAUGCACAAUACUUUUUGCCCGAAGUGUACCAGACCACUUCCAUAUGCAAGCAGAGUGUCUGGUUAAGCCUUUGAUGCAGACGAUUUCACAUCAGCAUUCACGGGUGAGAAUGGCUAUCAUAGAGGCCACUGGGGCUGUUGUCCUUUUUGGCACAGUGAAGACAAUGGAUGAUGUUCUCUCGCACAUGGCCCAGAGAUUGUUUGAUCACUCACCCCAGGUGAGGAAGGCUGUGACUUUGGUUGCUGGUGACUGGCUUCUCAACUUCAAAGACAGAUACUCUUACUUCCACAAGCUUCUUCCACUGUUGUUAAGCAGCCACAGCGAUGACCUCCCAGAGAUCAAAGCUUUGGCAUGUGAGCUUUGGUGGCAAGUUGGUGCUCAGUGGGAGAAAGAAAAUGAAGAUGAUCUGAAGAACAAAAUGGACUACCUGCUUUCCUCACCUUUGCAGUACCCACCUGGAGUGGAUCGUCCAGGACUGGGGUGCAGGGAGCUGGUGGUAAGGAACUUGUCUAAGCUAAUGCCAGCCUUGAUUCAUGAUGCUAGGGAUUGGCUGGUGCAGACACGAGUAAAGACAAUGCAGCUACUUCAAGUCCUUCUUCUGCAUGCCGAAGAGCACUGCACACAACACCUGCAGCAACUGCUCACAAUUCUCUACCAUGCCUGCUGUGACUCAGAACAAGAUGUCAGAAAAAACGGUUUGGAGUCAGCCAGGCUUCUAGGGGUGUUUGUUAGCCCAGAGGUCUUCCUCAAGCUAAUACUGGCUCAUGUGAAGAACUCUUCCUCCUGCUCUUGUUCUCCUUGGGCUCCUCUGAUGGUUUUGUCAGCAAUCCUGAAGGGGAGCAACAGGAAGGUGCUGGGUCCACAACUUCUCCAAAUCGGACAAGUACUUUCUCAUCCUGAUGUCUGUCAGGAGUCUCAGCAGACUGUGUAUGUUGAGCAGCUGCUGGCAUGUGUGGAGGUUCUUCUGGAGGUGUGUGAGGAAGACUGUGGCAUCAUCAGUCUACCACUGGUGAAGAUUCUUGUGACUAUGCAGUGUGUAUCCACAGAGCUACAAAUCCAUACUAAGGCAGAGGAGUGUGUACUGUGUUUGUGUCAAGUGCUAAGUCUCAGUGUGCAUGAGCUGUACAGACAGCACAUGGCACAGUUGCUGCAGUGGUUGAUGGAAUCCCCAAAAUCCUGGUCCACAUACUCUGUCAAGAAAACCCAACUAGAGAUUAUUGCCCUUCAGUCCGGUCCAGUGGUUGGAGAAUUUCUCCCAGAGCUCAUACCUCUGUUGCAGAAAUGUUUAUUGCCCAGUCAAGAACCAGAGAUGCGGCUACACAUUUUCACUAUGCUCUCCAAGCUUCUGUUGAAUUCUAGGAAUACACUGGAUUCACAGGGGACAUUUUCUAUGUACCUAGAUGUAUUUCUGCAGGAGCUCCUGUUACCUAAUCUGGUGUGGCAUGCAGGCCGUGCUGCAGCCGCAAUUCGGACUUCAGCUCUCAGCUGUCUACUGGCUAUGCUGCAGGGCGAAGCUCUUUUAAAGGAACAGGUUCUAAAUAUGGAGACAGAAUUCAGUGCUUACCUAAUUUCAGCACUGGAGGAAGACUCACAGCUCUCUCGCUUGCUGGCCUGUAGAUCAAUAUCCUCAUUCAUUACUGUUACAGAACGAUGCCUUAACCCAGAUACACUCAACAAGAUCUACCCAGAGCUUUUAAAACGGUUAGAUGACAGCAGCCAGGAGGUGCGUGCUGAAGCUCUGAAAGCUCUGAGUGUGUGGCUCUCAUCUUUAGACAAAAACUUUGACACACACACACAUCACCCCAAUCUCGAGUUCCUUUUCCAGCAUUUGCUGCUUUACUUGGAUGACCCUGACCACCAAAUCCAGCUUAUGGUACUGGAGGUUCUGAAAGCCAGUAGUGUUGCAGAUCCUGUUCUUCUGCAGCAGAAAGUGGAGGAAGUGAGAGAGAAACAGCGCAGCUCUGAGUACUGUGAUCAGCUGCUCCAGUAUAUACAGUCUCUGUGAUGCAAAGCCACAAUUCAUUGUCCAGUGGACUACAUAAAGCAUCUAUAUUUUUGAAUAUUUGAUAAAUCAGAACUAAAUAGUUUGUUUAUAUGGUCAUAUAAAAUGUUGACUGCCUGAUAAUUCUCUAUCUAAGGAAAUUUGUAACAAAGUUUUUUUUUAAAUGGUUUAAUAAUCAUUUAUGGUUUGCUCUUGUAAUACUACAGAAUGUAGAUUAAAGUAAUAUGUUUAGUAGUAGCUCUAAUUUUCAUGUUGUUUUUAUUUUUAACUGUUUGGUAUAUGAUAUCACUGCAUUUUCAUUAAAGGCGAAAAUGGGAAAAAUGGUACACCAUUAAUUUCACAUCAAAUUCCACAUCAAAUUCCACAUCACAUUCCAAAGGCUUUUAAAAUAAGUUACACAGUAGCCAACAUAGUGUAUGCAGAACAUUUGCAGAGCAUUAUAUGCUUUAAAUGUUAAAACAAUUUUGUAAGGUUUCAGUUAAAACAAUGUUCAUCCACUCUGUUGUUGACUAUUAUAUUUAGCUUAAUGUUAUUCAAUCCAGAAAUUUUCAGUUACUAAAGGAAGAAACUACUUACAAAACUGUAAUUUGCAUUAACAAAUGCACAGUGAUUAAGUACUGUUAAAGCUCUUUAUGAGGUAUCAGAGCAAACAACAUGCUAUAAGUCCAAAUAGACAUCAUAUUUUUUUUAUCAUAAAUAUCUUAUUUUUAUAUGGUCACGUUCAUAAUGUAGCUCUACACAUGAAAUGUUGUAAUUUAUAUUGUUGUAGCAGUUUUUUACUUCAUUUUUACUUUAUUUUUUAGUCUGUCAUUGAAGUUACAGAGCCAAACGAGCUUGUAUAUCCGGCUUGUGUCUCAAUUUCACGCAAGUAACACUUCUG